AUGAAAAACUUGGACGAAUCAGCUUCAAAACAACAAUUUCAUUCCGAAAAGAAGGGUCUCUCUCAUAAAUGUGCAAAAUUCGAGAAGGUCAUUCAACAUUUUCAUGAUCAUUCGAAUGUAAUUAUUAUUAAAAUACAUCCUCGAAUGAAAUCGGAUCAGUUACAAAUAGUUCGAAUGAAAUUGAGAGAGAAGGCCGAAUUAUUGGUGGGAAAGAAUACAUUGAUCAGAAGUGCUAUUCGAAACUUGGCUCAGGAUAUUCAAUUUAAUGUGAAACCAUCAGAGUGGAAGCACAAUCCAGAAGUUCUUUAUCAAAUUUGCGAAUAUUUGAGAGGAAAUGUUGGACUAAUCUUUACAAAUUCAACAGAAAUUGAAGAAUUGAUUGAACAAAUUCAAUCUUUCAAAUUUGAAGCAAAGGCAAAGGUUGGAGACAUAGCUCAACAGGAUGUAUAUGCAUCGACAGAUUUUUUACUUUUGAGAGCUGGAGAGAAAAUUACAAAGGAAAAGGCAGAUUUUUUGGAAUUGUUGAAGAUGGAACCGAUGAUUGCAUACGGACUGAAAGUGGUAGCUUCCUAUGAAAAUUCACACGUGGUUUGGAAUCAAACAUAUGAAAACCUGAGAGCAUCUCUAAAUUUGAAUAGUAUAAUUCAGGAAGCAGUAGAUAAUGUGGCAAGUAUUGGAUUAGAAUUGGAUAUUCCGAAUUCAGCAUCUAUUCCACAUAGUCUUUUCAAUGGAUUAUUGAAUGUCGGUCGAGUUUUGGUAGAACUGAGAACAAUUAAUUCCAUUCAACAAUUUACUGUAAAUGAAUUACCAUCUGAAAUUUUGAUAUUAAUUGCAAGUUUCUUGAAUUUAUCAGAAUUGAAUAGAUUUGCGAUGGGUAAUCAAUCAUUAUUGAGUCUAUUCUUCAAUAGAAGAAUUAUUUCACAAUCUCAUUCAAUUGAGAAAUCACUCAAGAAUUCAAUUGCUAUGAUAAAUGAAGAGAGUGAACUAUUUACACGAGUUCAAUUGGAAAUUUGGAAACCAUUAGUUUGUUUCUACUUCCCUAACUUUAGGAAAAAUAAUUUAAAUAUCAAGAAUUGGCUCCACGUUCUCAGAAGAAGAAUUGACCAUAUCAAGCUACACAUGCCUUCAGUCAACCUUGCAUCAGCAAGAAACGAAUCUUUUGCAAUUAAGAGUUACGAAUGGAAUCUCAUCAACCAAUGUGAAUGGAUCUACAAAUGUCCUCUCAAAUACGAUUCUCUUCCACUUCACACCUCUUCCAGUAGAAUGUGUAAUGUCUGCAACAAGAUAGUUUACCAAGUUGGUAGUGAAGAACAAGCCAAACAUCAUAUCAUUAAGGGAAAUUGCAUUGCUUUUGUGGAAGGAGGGGAUGAAUACGAUGAUGAUUUAGCUAUGGGAAUUAUUUAUUGGGAUGAAUGA